UUAGUACACUUCCUGUUCAGCUCUGCUGGUGAAGCUGCCAUGACAACACCAUGGAGCAAUGGGAGGAAGUAGCUUUAAAUCACUUUCUCCCACAUUAGGAUCUGCUGGGAGGAGCAACAUUCUGCGUUGACCGGCAAUCAGCUGGGACACUGGAGCCGCAACACCUACAAAAUCAACUGGGACACCUGAGCCACACUGAGCCACAACACAUACAAAAUCAGCAGGGACACCAUAGCCGCAACACGUAAAAAAUCAGCUGGGACACCGGAGCCGCAACACAUACAAAAUACAUAUGAACAAUUAUUUUAAUCAGAGCCGAAACCGCAGGUUUCUCCAAUCCAGGAUCGUCUGCUGAUACCUUCUAUAUAAGAGAAUUCUCCUGGAUGACCCAUCAACCAUGGAGAGGGACAGGAACAAGAUGGCCGACACGAUCAUAAACCUCACCCUACAGAUACUCUUCCGGCUUACUGGAGAGGAUUACACAGUAGUGAAGAAGUCCUCUAGUGGGCGCUGUCGGGCCCCUGUGUGUGAAGGAUGGGGAAGAACCCUGAGCCCAAUCCCGGGGCCCCCACCUCACUCCCUGAUACAUGAGGAAAUGGAUGAACAGAAGAUCCUAGAACUGAUCAACAAGAUGAUGGAGCUGCUGACUGGAGAGGUUCCUAUAAGGUGUCAGGACUUGGCGGUCUAUUUCUCCAUGGAGGAGUGGGAGUAUGUAGAAGGACACAAGGAUCAGUACAAGGAUCAGGUGAUGAUGGAGGAUCAGCAGCCCCUCACAUCAGCAGUCAGAUCCAGUAAGAGAACAGCAGCAGAGAGGUGUCCCCGUCCUCUUCUUCCACAGGAUCAGGAUCAGGGAGAAGAUCUAAACAAUAUAAAUGCUCCAGAGACAGAUGUGAGCGGUGAUGAGAGGUAUAAGAAGAAGAUUCCUACAGAGAAAGAUCUAAUCUAUAAUAAUGAUACAGACAUAAAGGAAGAAGAAGAGACAGAUGUAAGCGGUGAUGAGCAGUAUAAGGAGGACAUUCCUACAGGGAAAGAUCUGAUCUAUAUUAAUACUACAGACAUAAAGGAGGAAGAAGAGACAGAUGUGAGUGGUGAUGAGCAGUAUAAGGAGAAUAUUCCUACAGGGAAAAAUCGAAUCUAUAUUAAUGCUACAGACAUAAAGGAAGAAGAGACAGAUGUAAGUGGUGAUGAGCAGUAUAAGAAGGACAUUCUUACAGGGAAAAAACUGAUCUAUAUUAAUGCUGCAGACAUAAAGGAAGAAGAAGAGACAGAUGUGAGCGGUGAUGAGCAGUAUAAGGAAGAUAUUCCUACAGGGAAAGAUCUGAUCUAUAUUAAUGCUACAGACAUAAAGGAAGAAGAAGACACAGAUGUGAGUGGAGAUGAGCAGUAUAAGGAGGACAUUCCUACAGGAAUAGAUCUAAUCUGUACUAAUACUACAGACAUAAAGAAAGAAGAAGAGACAGAUGUGAGCGGUGAUGAGCAGUAUAUGGAGGACAUUCCUUCAGGUAACCGUCCAGAUGACUGUACCAGGAGAUCAGAGGAGAAUCUUAUAUCUUCAGAUUAUAAAGCAGAUGAUGAUAUCACACAAGAUACAUAUGAAGAACAUUCCAUUAUCCCAGAUACACCCUCAGCCCUUCACAGCCAAGAUCUGUCAUCUCAUCCUAUAAAAACAGUCCUAUCAUCUGAUUUAUCACAGCAAAAUAUAAGGAAGCCAUUAUCAUGUGUUGAAUGUGGGAAAUGUUUUACUCAGAAAUCAAGUCUUGUUGGACAUCAAAGAAUUCACACAGGAGAGAAGCCAUUUUCAUGUCCAGAAUGUGGAAAAUGUUUUACUCAAAAAUCAUAUCUUGUUAAACAUGAAAGAAUUCACACAGGGGAGAAGCCAUUUUCAUGUGCUGAAUGUGGGAAAUGUUUUAAUCAGAAAUCAAGUCUUGUUCAACAUCACAAAAUUCACACAGGAGAGAGGCCAUUUUUAUGUGCAGAGUGUGGAAAAUGUUUUACUCUCAAAUCAUAUCUUGUUAGACAUCAAAGAAGUCACACAGGGGAGAAGUCAGUUUCAUGUUCAGAAUGUGGAAAAUGUUUUACUCAGAAAUCAGAUCUUGUUAAACAUCAAAGAACUCACACAGGGGAGAAGCCAUUUUCAUGUUCAGAAUGUGGGAAAUGUUUUACUGAGAAAUCACAUCUUAUCAAACAUCUAAGAAUUCACACAGAAGAGAAGACAUUUCAGAGUAAUAAAUGAUACAGAUAAGACAUCUAUAUAUUAACCAUGUACAUAGGAUAUCUGACACUUAUAAAUAUAUCAUAUACUGCAUCUCCAAACUUGUUCCCAAUUGAUAAUAAAAGUUUUCUUUUAGAACGUAGUCACCGAUCCAGCUAUGUCAUCACUAUAGUUUACAUGGUAGGAAAAGAGUGUGAUAUAUGGUUGUGAUAUUCACUGCUCCUCAUGGAGAAGACCCAACAGGCAUAAUCCAUGGGGAGCUGCUACUGGAGACCCAAACACCUCAGAGAGAAGGGACUUAUUCCAGUGAUGAAGAAUUCCAGGACAUGACCAGAUUAGAGACACAAAAUCACUUCUAUCUUCUGGCUUCUAGGACAUUAUUCUGAUGGAAGAACUUUACACAUUAUAAAAAGUCCUAUAGGUGUUGGGGAACAUUUAUAGACAAUUGUUGGCCCCGGCUGUCAUGGCGUACCAUAGAAGAUGAAUGAAUAUCGCUCCAUAGAGUAUAAUAUCCAAGACAGAAUAAAUACAAUGAGGGAGAUUGUGUAUGGAUGUAACAAAAAUAAAAACCACCCCAAAUUUGCAAAAUUUUAUUUGAUGCCAUUUACUGGGCAGUGAAAUUGACAUGUUAUCUUUAUUCAUCAGGCCGUUGCGAUCACAAG